UAGCGAUCAACUACUCUCUCUCACUUUCACACACGCGCGUCCAUUCCCAACCGCAGUUCGACCAUAUUAAUGACGACUCUUUCCUGGUCUUCCUCGUACAUGCGCACCACGACAGUAUAGAAAACCAAACGCUCCUUUCCCUCCAUCGCAACCGUUUCCGCGACCCUCGCAACAAUCGCCAGAUUGAAUCUGGCUUGGAUUUUACAUCCCUAAUUCCCAACUGGAUCGUGAGGCAUCAUGACCCAGGCUAUCUCAACCUCGUGCCCUCCCCUUGUGGAGGGAAGCGCCCGAGCGCCCGCAAUUCAUCUCCUCGACGGUAGCGUCCAGAAGUCCUCCACGCUCCUAUCGCCAAACUCGAACCCCACCCAUUAUCGCAACGGUCAUGUCAAUCUCGAUACCUUCUCCCCUGUCAACGAGAACGGAAGCUUCGAAUUCGAUCGCGUUCUAAAGACUGGGAAAGUGUUUCGUCGAGUGAAGCACAAGCAUGCCUUCAGAGCUUCGUGGAAACCUGCUUACCUUGUGCUCCGCCCAAACCUCCUUUCCGUGUACAAAGACGAAGAAGCCACUCGACUCCGUGCGUCCAUCACCCUGUCCGAAGUAACGGCUGUUGCCUCCGUGCGAUCGCCGCGGUCGAACCGACAAUACGUCUUCGGCAUAUUCUCUCCUUCCAAGAACUAUCGCUUCCAAGCGGCCACGGACAAGGAGGCUGAGGCUUGGAUCAGAUGCAUCCGGGCCGAGACACGGAUGGACGAAGACGAGGAGGCCUUCCUUGCGCUGUCCAAACCGGGGGAUGCUGCGGCGGGCAGCAGCAAGCGUCAGGUCUAUGACACCACCGACCACUCGGACUUCGACCAGCGCGGACGGCCUAGCUCUCCCGAGCUUGGGGGCGCAUUGUCCCCAACGUACAAGUCCAGGCGCUUUGCCUCCCCGCACGAGCACUCGGCGAACGACAUCACUUCGUACUCGGAAUGGUCCGACGGGCCUGGAAGCAACACCAGUGUCCGCCUGCGGUCCCCGUCUGCGCAUAACCAAUCUGCCUCGGCCCUUGCGGAGGGAUCGUCCUCGAAUGCGGCGCGGGAGACGGGCCGGGUCAACGAUGCUGGGGUCCUGCGUGAUCCCGAAAGGGUCGUGUGCAAUGGCUAUCUCCAAUGUCUUCGCAUCAAGGGUUCUAUGCGCCAGUGGAAGCGGUUGUGGGUGGUUCUGCGUCCGAGUGGCCUGGGCUUCUACAAAGAUGAGCAGGAAUACUCCGCCAUCAAAAUCAUCCCCAUGUCCCAAGUGAUCGAUGCCGCCGAGAUCGACCCUAUGUCCCGAUCGAAGAAUUUCUGCCUGCAGAUCAUCGCGGAAGAGAAAUCCUACCGCCUCUGCACUGACGACGAGGAAUCCCUGGCCAAGUGGCUGGGGUCGCUGAAGAGUAUCCUCGUGGCGCGCAAGAAACUCGAACCUACCCCAACGGGCCCAACAGGUACAGCCGGACUGUCCUGACAGCAGCAGCAGCAAAAUGAACAAGUAACCAGAACUUUUGUAAAACACAAGGAAUCAAACCAACAACGGAAAAUCAUCUCAACAUUGUGGUCUGGAUUUGAUGACCGACCACUUACUCUUCAUACACUCGUUCAUGCAACCCGUUAUUCCACCGUAUCUUUUAGCUAGCUUUUCUUUCCAUGGAUGGCAGUGACCUUUGCUUUUUCUUAUGUGUUUUCUAUAUUGUGCUACGCAGCUAAGCCGUUUUGUGAUCUCUCG